AUGCUCUUGCGCAAGCAUUAAAGUAUCAAAAUAGUUCGUAAGUUAGUCACCAAAAAAGUUAUGAAUCAAGAAGAGCAAGAUAAGUUUACAAAGGUUAUUUCAGACGCAUAUGAAGAGUUAAUAAAUUGCAGACCUGAAAAGCCACUUGACCAUUUUAUUUAUUAUAUAUUAUCCACUCUACCUGCUGAUUAAAGAAAUAAAGAUGCUGUAGUAAGAGCAUUCUUUGAUAAAUAUUGCGAAACAUAUUUAAAAAAUGUUAAAAAAAUUGCAUGA